AUGCUGAAGAGAGGGUAUGAGCCUGGGGAACAUCAAGGGGCUGCUUCCAGCGCUCUGAAGAGACUAAGAAUACAUCGUGAUGGCGCUCCAACGUCAGGGGACAACAUCACUGGGAAAGCUUUGAGCAAUGAUGACUAUAUUGUAGGCUGGAUAUGCGCCAUAACUACGUAUGUUGCUGCACAGGCUUUCCUCGAUGAGAGACACGGCCGACCAAAGUAUGUCUGCGUCAAUGACAACAACGAUUAUACGUUAGGCAAGAUUGGGGAACACAAUGUUGUCAUUGCGAUCCUGCCUGGGGAUGGCAUAGCCCCUGCUGCAUGUGUCGCAAGAGACAUGCUGCACAGUUUUCCGAACGUUAGGAUCUGUCUAGCGGUUGGUAUUGGAGGUGGCGCCCCAAGUUCAAAGCACGAUAUUCGUCUCGGCGAUAUUGUCGUCAGCACUCCGAAUGAAGGGACAGGAGGCGUAUUUCAGUACGACUCCGGCAAGACCAUACAAGACCAGAGCUUCCAACUCACUGGCUUUAUGAACCAGCCGCCGAUAGUCCUACAGACAGCAGUGAACGGGCUAAAAGCCCAGUAUAUGAGCGAAGGCCACCACCUUAAUGAAGCAAUCAACAACGUUCUCGAGAAGAAGCCCAGACUCCGACCAAUCUAUAAGCGGCCAGAUUCGGUUACCGACAGGCUUUAUGAGAGCAAUGUUGUUCACCCUCUACAAUGCCAAGGAAGCUGUGCGGUAGUCUGUGGCAAUGAUUCGACAAAAUUGAUAAAACGAAGGGAGCGAGGUGAACAUGAAGACAACCCAGCAAUCCACUAUGGCACGAUUGCUUCCGCAAACCAAUUAAUGAACGAUGCGUCUAUUCGAGAUAAACUUGCCGCGGAAAAUGGUGUUCUCUGCUUUGAAAUGGAAGCAGCAGGGCUGACGAACCACUUUCCUUGCCUGAUUAUCCGCGGAAUAUGCGACUACUCGGACUCGCAUAAGAACAAUGACUGGCAAGGCUAUGCAGCAAUGGUGGCGGCUGCAUAUACAAAAGAUCUUCUUUCUCGAAUCCCUCCGAAUAUGGCCGAGAGACAGAAGAGGAUAGCCGAACAUCUCUCCGGCGGUAAGUUUCUUCCCGAGCCGGAAGUUUUUGGCAUGGGUGGGUAA